GGGGAGGCCUUUUUCGUGGACCCACUGCCCUCGCACACGUUUCGUGAGGACGUGAGCGGGUCUCUUUCGUGUUUUCUCCCAGGCUGUGGGAACUCCCUUCUGCUGCAAGAGGCUGAGCCGGCUUCCCCCUUUUGUGUCCUUCCUUCCAUCAGGAAGCGAACACCUCUUUGGGAAGCCUUUGACCACAGCCGGGGCUGCAGAGACAGGAGAGGGAGGGUUCUGCACUUUUCAUUCCUCGAAAUUUAUUCCGGAUGUAUGUGCCAUUUUAUUUUGGCUUGGAGGCACGUCGCUCACACACACCUUCAGGCAGCCGUUAAAAGGCGCAGCAGCCCUGCCGGGGUGAAAGCCGCGAGAGGGAGCGACUCCUUUAAUAAACCGAGGAGAAGCGGCCACGGAGCGGGCGAGCUGCUGCCGCGGCCUCUCGACGCCACUGCGCCUGCGCCGUGCCGCUGGGGCUGGAAAAGCUGCCUGCUCCGGCGCGUGGCUGGCGGCAGGGAGGCGGGAUGGAGGUCGGGGCCGCGCAGUUCGAGGCGCAGUUGCCCGCCUUGCAGGAGCUCAUCCUUCGCUGCGACUUCGUCGCUCUUGACAUGGAAUUCACAGGUUUACAUUCAGUAUUUUUACCAGGCAGACGACUUAGUCUCUUUGAUUCACCUGCUGAGUGGUAUCAGAAAGCCAGACAGAGUGUUCAGCAGUUUACAGUGAGUCAGCUCGGUUUAUCAAUAUUUUGUAAAGAAAAUUCAGACAAGUACGUGGCACAUUCAUAUAACUUCUUCCUGUUCCCUUCAACAUUUGGCAAAAUGGAUUCAGAAUUUUCUUUCCAAGCAUCUAGCAUCCAGUUUCUGUCUCAUUAUGGUUUUGAUUAUAAUAAGUUUCUUAAAGAUGGAAUCCCAUAUAUAAACGAAGCACAAGAGAAGAAGCUUUGUCAUCUUUUAUCUGGUAGCUGGAUGAUCAGUAGUGGUUUUAGCAAGGAGAAGCUGAAAAAGGUGAUUGAUGAAGUAACACACUGGGUGGCAUUGGCAGAAGAGAAAGAAUCAAUGGUUUUGCAUGAUAUAUAUGGUUUCCAGAUGUUUGAAAUACAACUGAUUCUAAGGCAAGCUAUUGAAAAUAUUUGGACAGCUCCUUUGGGAAAUCAUGAAUUGAUGGUGAAAAAGAUGAAUCGACAGCAACGGUGGCUGCUGGAAAACACUUCUUAUGAUGCUUGCCAAAAGGAGCAAAUUCUUCUCUCUGCAAGAGGUUUCACUAACCUUUUCCAGGCACUUGUUAAAGCAAAGAAGCCGCUUGUGGGACACAAUAUGAUGAUGGAUCUUCUACAUCUACAUGAGAGAUUUUACAGACCUCUUCCUGAGGACUAUGAGGAGUUCAAAAAGAACAUACACACCUUGUUCCCUGUUCUCAUAGAUACAAAGAACAUCACAAAAGUUGCCUUGAAGGAAUUUCAGUUUCCUCAAGCUUCUAAUUUGUUGGAGGUUUACGAAGUGCUGUGCAGUAGUGCUGCAAAUCCCACAAAUCAGUCUUGCCCAGAGAUCUUGCAUUCAAGGGACUGCCUCAGAUACGCUACAGACAGUUGUCCUCAUGAGGCGGCCUACGAUGCAUUUCUCUGCGGGUCAGUACUUCUUAAAAUAGCUCAUUUACUCCUUUGCAGAAUUUCUUGUGAUGAAACAAGGACUAUCCCUUCCUUUUCUCUCUACCUUGAUGUAUUGGCUGCAUAUGUAAAUCAGGUGAACCUUAUCCGAGCUGGGGUUCAGAGAAUUAAUUUCUCUGGCAUGGAUGACUAUACAAAACACCUGCCACUUCUGAUAGCUGAUGUGCGAGGUUGGCCUAUGGUGAAUGAAGAGCAGAUCUAUCAAGAGUUAAGAGUCCUGUGCAGGUUUGAUGUGAGAAAGCUAAGAAGGAACCAGUUUCUCUUGCUCUCCAACAGAUUGAAAGAUGUUCGGAUGAUUCUGAGAGAAUAUAAAACCCAUCCCAGCCUGAAGAUUUCUGUGUACCACCACUGGAAGCAUUCUCCACAAGUGAAAUGUCUCCUCCAAAUUUGUGGCAUUGUUGCUUCUUGGUCUCUGCUGGCUUUUCUUCUUGGAGGCUCUUCCAGUUACAUUGUGUAACAGAUCAUCUACUGGAAAUGUAUUGUACUGUGACUUAGUUUCAUCUCUUCUCUUGUUCUAAACAAUAGUUAUGACAGAUUAAAAUACUUCAUGUCUUUUUCAGCAGUUCUAACUCUAGUUUGUUUUGUGAUGUGGGGACUGGCUUGGGAGAACAAGCAGUUUUCAUGGGGAAAGAGAAGCUUAUCUUUGAAGAUAAUGCUGGAAGACAGCCUCAUCGUCAAACUGUAUCUUUAUCAGUGCAAAACAACAUUGUUCUUGCUUCUUGUGCUAAGAAUCUAGUCUUGGGAAAAUCUCUUUGCUCUUCCAGGCUUGUCCACCCCAAGCUUCUGCUGCUUUGCAAGUAUUUUGCCAGUGACCAGGACUGCAGCAGUUGAUUUGGAUGCACGCAAGAGUUAUGUUUCUUGGACUACAGUUCCUGACCCAUGUGGUUCUUGCCAGUCAGGGAUUUCCAAGAGGCUCGCCUCCCAUCUGUACCAUAUUCUUCAUGUCCUCAGUAAAGCAGGGAACUAGGCUGGAGCUAGAUUGCAGCAGUAAAAGAAGAUACAGUGAAGUCCCUGAUAGCUUAAAUUCCAAUCAUGUCAUUCCUGGAGUAAACUCUUAUUGAGAAACAAAUCCAUUCAUUGUUCUCCCCCCUGCA